AGCAGCAGCAGCAAAACAAUGGAGGCGUGGUCCUCGCCGAGCUUCGAGGGAGGGGAGAACGAAGGGGCGAGGCCUCCAUUGCGCGGGAAAUGCGAAUUUCGCGCGUUCGGGCUUUGGCGCUCAAAUGCAGCAGCGCCGCUCUCUCCCUUCAUUCAUUGUCCGCUUCCUGGAGCCAUCUUAGGCAGAAAAGCGGCUAACGCUCGUCGAGCGCACCCGACCGUAAUCCGAGGCAUCCUCGGCGCAGCGACCGCACAGCUUCGCGAAACCGACUCCUUUGGAAAGCCGACAACCCAGUUCGACUCCAGGCUGCGAUAUUUAGCGUCGGGACCUGCUCGUCGAGUGCGAAAUUAACGCCGCAAGUUGGACGCGCGACCUUGGCAACAAAAGAAGCCAUUGCUUCAUUUUUCGGGGUUCCCUCCCGUCUCUUCGUCAGCCCCGGGCCGGUCGGGAGUCGCGUCUUCGGACCGGGUUCUCGGCGCCGUCUCGAGGCCCAUCACCUCGGGGAGAUCAACAAUCAAGAAAGCCGCGCGCUCCUUCGACCGGUGGUGGUGGUUGUUUUUCUUUAAAAAAAAAAUUGCCCGAGCCGUGAUAACUGCCAAAUAAUGUCUGCUGACAGAAAGCUGUUCGCCGCCGCGAGUUACCAGCUCAGCCAACUGGACGGUGUCGGCGGGGCCAGUGCCUACGCGACCCCGCAAGGCCCUCACGGCAGGACGGCACGGCCUCGUCUUGGCCGCCCCCCGGCGAAGAGAAAGUUGGAGUUGGAAGUUCCUGACCACCAGUACCUGAGCGGGGAAUUCCACACGCCCAGGGGGAAGGGACGCACGCCUUAUCGCUCGCACAGCCCCCGCACUCCCAAGUCGCCUUCGGAGCGUUCCCGCUACGACACCUCGCUCGGGCUCCUCACCAAGAAGUUCCUGGGACUCAUGAACCAGUCGUCGGACGGCGUUGUUGACCUGAACCGCGCCGCCGAGACGCUGGCCGUGCAGAAGCGGCGCAUCUACGACAUCACCAAUGUCCUGGAGGGCAUUCACCUCAUCCGCAAGAAGUCCAAGAACCACAUUCAGUGGGUCGGGCAGUCGCCCCUGGAGACUGGUACCCAGGCCCGAGGGCUGCCCCAGGAGGUGUCCGAGCUGAGUCGCAAGGAGCGCGCCCUCGACGACCUCAUCGGGAGCUGCACGGCCACUCUCAAGCAACUGACAGAGGACUCGCACAACCAGAGGCUGGCGUACGUGACGUACCACGACAUCCGCGGCGUGAGCAGCCUGCGCGAGCAGACGGUCAUCGCCGUCAAGGCGCCACCGGAGACGCGCUUGGAAGUACAGGACCCCGCAGAGAACCUUCGGAUGCACCUCCUGAGCAAGCGAGGCCCCAUCGAGGUGUACCUGUGCCCCGACGAGGCGCCCGACAGCCCCAUGAGUGGCACGAGCGGCGGUGCCGGCGCCAGCUCUGAGCUAACGCCGUGCACUCCGGAUCAGCAGGGAACUUCCGGCGAGGCGCGGGGAAGGUCGCCGGACGCCACAAGCAGAGACUCGGUGAGGAGAGACCUGGCAUUGGCCCUCAUGGCGUGCGGCAGCAACGACGUUUUAAGCCUCGACGGCGCAUCGGUCAACUGCUUGGCCGUGCCGGUGAACGUCGAAGAGAACGGAGCGGCGCCUGGCGGUCCAUCUCCGCUCGGCACGCCGCGACGCAGCCUGCUCAUGCAGACUGAGGACCAGCUGCCCUGGGAGACGGAGACCAGCGGGGAGCUGCCCUUGGUCGCCCUGUCACCGCCGCUCGGUCCCGAAGACUACCUGUGGAGCCUGGCGGAGAGCGAGGGCAUCAGUGACCUCUUCGACAUUGGCACCGACCUCGGCUCGCUGCUUGUGUAGGAAGGUGGGGGGAGAGGGAGCGGCGGUGGCCGCGGUUUGGUUGCGAGGUGCCGCACGCCAGACGGCAGAAGGAAACCCCCCCCCCGACGGCUCGUGCCGCCGGCAGUGGCAAAGAGUGUCGGGAGCUCGUGAGCCGAGUGUGUGCCAGCGGAGACGUUGAUAAACUUUUUGCCAAAGCUGCGCCCCCGAUUUCAUCGCCCGGCCUCGACUUGCACGCAAAAUCCCGUGAUCGUCUCCAGAGCAGACGAUCGUGUUGUCAUCGAUGUCAUCCGUCAUAUCUGUCGUCGAACGGGUUAAAGGUUUCAACACAUUAAAUUUCGUGUUUAUAUCCUUUUAUAACCGGUUGCCGCGCUAGUGUUGGUUGAUGCGUGUCUGCGGAGAGUUUGGGUGGUGUGCGAAGUUGGUGGCUUGUGUUGCUUGGGCUGCUGCCGAUGUGUUUCGCCCGACUUGCUAUUGAACUUGGCAGCAGCUAGUCAUGUCAACCGUACCCAGAGCCUAUUUUCUGGGUCGCUGCUAGACUGUAGUAGACACAUGACGAGUAACCACAGCCAUAGCGAGACGUUUACUGGACUUGGGUAGUGCUGGGUGCCAGGAAUAUUUUCCGGGUCACCGACCUGGAUGGACCCAGCUGAAAUCAAGCCGUGACUGUACUUAUCCUUUCGACCAAUUUUUGUUAUUUUCCCACUUCGUAAGAGAUACAUUUUAAAUGUUAUGUGUGAGAAAUUAUUUUAAAAGCAUGUUGUUUAAAUAUGAAAUUAUUUAAUGAUUUCGGUUUAAGCUCGUUUUGGUGGGCAUUACUUGCACCACGGCACGUCGUUUGUGUGAAUAUUAAUAAUGUGUGCUCUUUACACUUGUGUUUACAGCGAGGGUGGGGGUUUAGUGCUGAAUGCUUAAAGGUGGGACACUCUAAAUGCCUCGGUAUGCAUGGAAAGGCUAUGUUUGGCCAUCAAAAGAUCUUAAAUUGUUAUGUAAAGCGUUUGUCUAUAUUUGGGGGGUGCGAUUUCCUCGUGUUUUGCUUGGAUGGGGCAGGUGAUUGGUCAGGAUGCACUGAGGACACCCUUAUGUGUGUCCUCGUUGAUUUGUACACUUUUUGAGAUAAAAAUCUUCAAGAUAUUUGAAAAUAACAAACGCCACUGCCCGUUUUUGCUUUUAAAAUUAUCGACCGCGAGUCUCGUUGCCAUGAGAACUCAAAUUUGAUUAAUAUUAAAUGGUGCUCCGAGUAGAGUGGUACGACUGAUCAUUUUUUAAGCGAGCACCAAUGAUUAGAGGUUUUGGUGGGGGGGGGGGGUAUGGUCACGUGUACAAACGUGAGCUCGGCUCAUGAGCGAUAAAUUAACUUUUGCAUGCCGUUGUCCGGUUUCCGAUUGUGCUGUAACGCGUGACAGCCACGGUACGUUCCACCUCGGCCGUGGUCACAUCGAUCGUGCUGGAUGACAAAAAAAAUAAAGUUUAUGGACGCAGAUGACGUGAA